AUGCAAUGUCCGUUGGCCGAUGUCCAAGCCGCCUGCACCACAUCCAUCACAUCCAAACUGACACAAUUACUCAAUAAACACAUGUACCAAGCGAUAUUCGAGCUACGCGGGCUCCUUCCGAAUGCUUUACGUAAAGAACACGUGAAAUAUAAGGCGGGCGGCGCGUGGGCAGAGCGCGCUCCUAAUUUGGGCCGUCCAGGUAAAGUUACGCUGGAGCGAGAUUGCACUGGUAUUUAUAGAGAGGGCGCAUUGGGAAGAAGCCGUAAAGUUGCGAUUUAUUGUUAUGAUUGUGUCGAUAUCACUUUCACCGGAGCACGAACCUGUUCGUGUCGCUACGAGAGUCGCACUCCCGAACGCGUAUACAGUACAAGGCGGUGCCGAGACUGCGGUGCGCGGAGGUCGAAUGAUGCGCGAGGGCAGAGCGCCACCGUAGUCUAUGCGCUGGUUGCACACGGCCCCAGUGGUGGGGCAACGGUUUGCCGCCCUCACAACCACUCGCCACUACCCCUACCUGGCCAAUAUCAUUACUCUACCCUCAGGUUUAAGUGUCUUCCUUCGACUAAUCCUAAAUGUUCAUUCCUCUAA